UGUUGUUUCCUGAGGUGGAGAUGGCUGCGUUAGCUCCGCUGCCCCCACUCCCCCCACAGUUUAAGAGCAUACAGCAUCAUCUGAGGACCGCUCAAGAGCACGACAAGCGGGACCCUGUGGUGGCCUAUUACUGUCGUUUAUAUGCUAUGCAAACUGGAAUGAAGAUUGAUAGUAAAACUCCUGAAUGUCGUAAAUUUUUAUCAAAGCUAAUGGAUCAGUUAGAAGCUCUUAAGAAACAGUUGGGUGAUAAUGAAGCUAUUACUCAAGAAAUCGUUGGUUCUGCCCAUUUGGAGAAUUAUGCUUUGAAAAUGUUUUUGUAUGCAGACAAUGAAGACCGUGCUGGGCGAUUUCACAAAAACAUGAUCAAGUCCUUCUAUACUGCAAGCCUUUUAAUAGAUGUCAUAACAGUAUUUGGAGAACUCACUGAUGAAAAUGUGAAACACAGAAAGUAUGCAAGGUGGAAGGCAACAUAUAUUCAUAAUUGUUUAAAGAAUGGGGAGACACCUCAAGCAGGCCCUGUUGGAAUCCAAGAAGAUAAUGAUAUUGAAGAAAAUGAAGAUGCUGGAGCGACCUCCCUGCCCACUCAGCCACCUCAGCCAUUGUCCUCUUCAACUUAUGACCCAAGCAAUAUGCCACCAGGCAGCUAUACUGGAAUACAGAUUCCUCCAGGUGCACAUGCUCCAGCUAAUACACCAGCAGAAGUGCCUCAUAGCACAGGUGUGACAAGUAACACUGUCCAGCCUGCUCCACAGACGAUUCCAGCCAUAGAUCCUGCACUGUUCAAUACGAUUUCCCAGGGGGAUAUUCGUCUAACUCCAGAGGACUUUGCAAGAGCUCAGAAAUACUGCAAAUAUGCUGGCAGUGCUUUGCAGUAUGAAGAUGUAAGCACUGCUGUACAGAAUCUGCAGAAGGCCCUCAAGUUACUGACAACAGGCAGAGAAUGAAGCCUUUGUACAAGAAAUCCAUGUCUUUUUGGCAUAAGAACUAAUAGUCCAUUACUCUGUCUUCAGCCUAUCAGGAGCACAGUUUUAAGGAAGACUUCAUUUCCAUCAGAUGUGACAAUGGCUCUGUGUGUAUCAGAUUCCUAUUGAAGCAUUCAUCAGCAGCCUCAGCCAGUUUUCAUUGUCCAUUUAGUGGAUCCACUAAUGUCUGAGUGUAUAGUGCUGAUAAUAGCAAGAUCGUAAAACUCCAUUGACUGCUUCAAAAGAUGAAAAUACACCUCUGUAAGAUUAUGUUGAGAAUAAGCCUUCCUAAUUUAUACACAUUAAGUGAAUUUUUUAAUCCUUAAUGUUUGGACAAACAAAUCAUAUUACUUUACUAUAAAAUUCUAGAUUUAACUUUUAAUAAAGAUUGCCAGAGUAUUCUAGAUUAGAGAUCAUAGUUUUGUUUUCCUCAAGAUUUAUAAAGCAAGUAUGAACAUCCAAAACUGUUAGGGGAAUCCAAAAGAGAUUAUGUUUAAAACUCAAAUUUAUAUUCAUGUUAGAUGUAGCUAACUUCAUGGAAGGAAACGUAAAGAUAAAGAGGCAGCAUCACUUUAAGACUUUGGAAUGUUAGCUUCCAGCUGCUUCCUGCUAUUCCUUGAAGCUUAAGGUGAAUUGGUAUUUGCUUCAUAGGCAGUUUGGCUGCAUGUAUUAGAAAAUGAAAAAAAACAAAAUUUGUAGUAAUGCCUGGAAACUUGGUGCUUUAACUAAGGUUCUCUGCUGCUGUGGGAUGGAUUCCAUAGAGUGCAUAGGUGGAAUGAUGCAGAAAAUUGUAGGACUUUAGAGUCUCAAUUGUUAAGUUUAUAAGUUUUAUGGGAAAUUAUGGACUUACUAUAUCAACUUCAUUUGUGCUGUGUAAAAAAUAAACACAAGGAUUCUUUUAACUAGUUCGACUUA